AAACACGGCCCACACAUUUUCGGCGAUGGCCCCGGGAGAUGUGAUUGGAGUGACUCCUGAGAUCACCGACUAGGAGGCCUGCUAGCUUUCUUUCCCUCUCCAGGGAACCUUUCCACUUUCCCUCGCUCUUCUCCCCAGGUCGAGUUUACUUGUACAGAAACCAGGUGUCGAGGCAAGUAGAGCUCCCUUUCUAUUUUCGAUUUCUUCUUACUCCUCGUGUUCUACUUCUUUCCCUUCUUCAGACUACUGCCACAACAACGGUGGAAUGUUGCGAAAGGGUGUCAAGUUGGACAGGUCCACGUCUUGCUUUGGAGCGGGGCGAAGGUGGGAGGGGUUGACAGCCCGGAGGAGUCAUCAAGUUUCAGUGGGAUGUCUCUGUUGGUUGAGGUAUGCGAUACCCAACGCCCGCUGGCCACCCGGAACACACCAUACUCGAGAUUUGUGCGUCCUGAACGGCGUCUGCCUUUCAACCUUCCGAGCGUGCUCACCAAAAACGGUCGGUACUCUCCGGCUCUUAGUCGCACGCGAGGGCAGACAUCCACGGAGAUUGCGGAGGGGGAGUUACAACGAAAGGAUCAGGAUGGUCGAGUGGAGAGGCACGGAUGGAAGUUCACCCCGGGGAGAGCAGGUUCCUGAAUCCAGGCUUCGAAAUGAAAGCUUAUGGGAAUGGGCUGGGCAUGGAGGUGCCUUGUUUUGGUCUUGUCGCCGCGAUUUCAGUCGGAGCAAUCUCACAGGAAGAGGAUCGGGAUCACCAGCUGCGAGAUUGUCGGUUAUCUCCCCGAGGCGAGCCAGGGCACGAGUGUUUCCGAAUCCCGGAUGCGUCAAUGCAGCGGCGGGCUGCGGCGACUUGUUCUGGGCCGAGCGGGGCCGUUCGUGAACGGGUUUGAGAAGGCCGUGGUGGUUGACGGGGG